AUGUCAGAAGCAAAUGCGGCCUCUUCAGGCUCUGGAACUCCUUCUGGGAGUGGAGGCACGCCAAGUAAGGCCAUCGCGAGCCUUGCGAAGAAACCUACAGACACAACGAGGUCGGGCACAACAAAGUUGAAAUUUGUUCCGACUUUGCCAGCACGACGCAAAAAAGAGUGCGAACCUACAGCUGCUGCUGUUCCAUCCACCUCAUCCGAUCGAGGUCGCGGUAGAGGUACAGGACGCGGUCGUGGCGAUGGUACUCGUGGUGGCGCCGGUCGUGGUCGUGGCGCCGCUCCCCGUCCAGGUCAAGAAAUGACAGCCAGUGGUCCUUUCGCCAUGGGUCCCGCCCUCGCCGGUUCAUCAUCCGCUAUUCGUCGACCAACACCGCGCUCUCACACUCCUAUCGUUCCUCUCGGUCCUUCUGGCGCUUCGGCUCUCGGAGCAGGAUUGACGAGAUCGGCUGCUCCGUCGUUGAAGCGAGAAAAGGGAGAAGGUGGGAGUGGUGUCGUAGGUGGUGGAAUGACAGUGCAGGAUGAUGUGGAAGUAUAUUCGGAUCCGGAAGAUGGGGUUGAGAUUGUGGAUAUGGAGAAUGUGAGGGGUAUGGAUUGGAUGGCACCAGAAAGUUUGAAGAAAGAGAGGGAAGGCGAUAAGAGGAGGAAGAAAGCGGAAAGAAUCAAGAGAGAGGAACGGGAAGCUAAAACUGAUAAAGGGAAAGCUGUAGCAAAAGCAGAGCCCAUUGAGAUUGAUAGCAUCACUCCUAGCCUUGAGGGUACACCUGCUACUGCUGGGGAAGUCGAUCUUGCAAAUGCUCUUGACUUGAGCGAGAGCGAAGAUGAAGAGGAGAUGGAAGCCCUAGUUGAUGAUUUCGCCUCACUUGAUGGCAUGGACGACGGCAACGGCAUGACCAAUGAGCGUCUAUAUUUCUUUCAGUUCCCAACACCAUUCCCUACCUUCGUCCAGAAAAAGGAUCCCGGCCAACCCUCCGAAGGAGCCAUGGCAGUCGACAAGGGCAAAGCUCCAGAAGCCUCGAGCCCAGAAAAGCGUGUAUCCUUUGCCCAAGACACGAAACCAGCGGAGGGCAAUACCGCUACUGGCCCCACAAAUGUCGAUUCGGAGACAGAACCCAACCAUGUGGAUGGCCUUAUUGGGCAGCUGGAGAUUUACCAGAGUGGCGCCGUGAAGAUGAGACUGCACAAUGGAAUUCUUCUUGAUGUCUCGGCGGCGACGCAACCAUCCUUCCUUCAGCAAGCCGUCCACAUCGACAGACGGAACAAACACUUAAACGUCCUUGGGGAGGUCUCCCGACGAUUCGUCGUCACUCCGAACGUAGAUACACUGCUUGACGCUAUGACGCAAGCAGACCAGGCUGUCUUGUCAAAACUCGAGGACGAGACCUUGAUUGCAAUGGAUACCACUUAA